AUGGUUGCAAGUCCCAGAAACGGAAAUCUUGGGAGUUUGCACUGUUUGGAGGCCCCACCGCUUAGCGCCGUUUGGCGACUUUUCUUCAAUUUUUUGCUCUUCCCCUUCCUCUCUCUUUUCCACACACAUCCUCUAAUCGGGAAAACUCCAUUCAAUGUCAAUGGAGUUGACUUUUGA